AUGUACCUAAAGUUAGGGAGCAGAAAAACAAUCGUCGUCUCGUCACCAGAUAUUGCCAGACAAGUACUACAAAAACAUGAUCAAGUCCUUUCUUCUCGAACAAUUCCAGCAGCAGCAGCAGCAUAUGAUCAUUUCAAGAAGUCUGUGGCCUGGUUGCCUGUGGCUAACCAGUGGCGAAAUCUUCGUAAAAUUUGUAAAGAACAAAUGUUUUCAUCACAUAGACUUGAUGCAAGUCAGAGUCUUCGUCAAGAAAAAUUGAAGAAAUUGUGCAACUAUGUGCAUGACUGUUGCAUUAAUGAUCAAGUAGUUGAUAUUGGUGGUGCCGCGUUUAUCACAUCACUUAAUCUCGUGUCAGCCACCCUUUUCUCAGUUGAUUUUGCUCAAUUUAAUUCCAAUUCUUCUCAAGAAACAAAGGAACUUGUACGGGGUUUAAUGGAAGUUGGAGGGGUUCCUAAUCUUGCAGACUUCUUCCCAGUUCUCAAAUUCAUCGACCCACAAGGUAUUCUGCACAAAUCCAAAAGUCACAUUAGCAAAGUAUUUGUAAUAUUUGAUGAUUUGAUCAAUCAACGGUUGGAGUUGAGAAGCGAGUCGCUGGAUCAUUCAAUGAGAAACGAUUUACUUGAAGCCAUCCUGAAUUACAGCCAAACAAACGAAUCCGAAUUAACCUUGGAUAUUCUAAAACAUUUACUUUUGGUGAGUAAAACAAGUUUAUAG